AUGAUCGAGGAGAACAGUCCAACUACUGACCUGGUUCCUGCCUUCUAUGCCCUCAUGGAAGAGUCUGAAAUUCGUAAAGACUCCUAUAACCUCAAAUCUGAUGAUAUUGCCCAACUUCAAAAAUAUGCUGCUUUAUUUGGAAUCAAAAUCAGUCAAUGGUGCGAUGGCCAAACUUUAAUUGCAAUUGCUCUCUCAGAACCAGACAGACUUUCUACUGCCCAAGAAACCGCAGCUCUUGAUAUUCUCUGUUCUAUUGCUAAAACUCCUAAUGGUCUUCCCAGCAGUUCCUUAAGCACCUGUCCUAUCGCCCAAGAACUCUUAGCUAAUAACUGGAUUGUUCUCAAGAACAACCACUAUCUUCUUUCUAAGCGAACCAAAAUCGAAAAGGCUACUGUUCUAACUGCCAAAACUGAAGUGGAUACUUGUUCAUUCUGCACCUUCCUAAAUAAUGAAGGAAACCUUCCCCAUCCCGAAUGUGCCAAAUUCAUCAAUACCCAAACCCACUCAGCAUCCACACCAACCCAACCGCAAUAA